AUGGAUUGGAGCAAACGAUUGCGGCCCGGCUCCGACGGCGCUCCCCCUGUGUCUGCCGGCGGUGCCAUCGCUUGCUGCUCGCCAGUGCUCAGCAGCAGCGCGGCUGCUCCGCCGUCGGUCGUGACCUUUGGCGGUGCUAGCAUAGCGGUGCCUGCACCUUCAGUGCGACAGUACUCGGUCGACACUCGCGCGUCUACGCCGCUGCUGAGCGCGGCGGAGGCCACGAGAAUUGACAGCGAAGACGCCGACUUCCUGCUGUCGCCGAGCGCCACCCCCGCGGUCGGCGCUCCAGCAAGCGUGCCGCAGCUGGGGGAGCCUCGGCUGCGCUCCUCCGUCUCGCGCGUGUGGACGGAGCAAGGCGCGGUGGAGGAGGAGCGAGCGUACGAGCUCGUGCACGUGUGCAUCGACGGCCGAAGCAUCGUCGUCGACAUGCCGGUCUCGCCGCCGGUGCCGCGCCGUGCCGCUCACAACUUCAACCAAAAGCCCGUCCUGACGGUGCGAGCGCUGAUGGAGCCCGGCUCGGUGAGCGGCGCGGACUUUGCGCCUGCGGGGGGCGGGCUCUCGGCGGACGAGGUCGCGCGCUGGCUGCUCACCUGCAAGCGCCUCUCCACCAACCGGAUCGGCGACUACCUCGGCCGCCCAGACGCAGGGCCGGUGCUGCUCGCGCUUGUGGCACGGCUCGACCUGCGCAGCCUGCCGCUCGACGAGGCGCUCCGCUUCUUCCUCUCGCUCUUCAGGCUGCCCGGCGAGGCGCAGCAGAUCGCGCGCGUCAUCGAGACGUUCGCUGCCCGCUACGCCGCAUGCCACGCCGCCGGCGCCCUCUCUCGCGCAGACACGGUGUACGUGCUGUGCUACUCGCUCAUCAUGCUCAACGUCGACGCGCACUCGCCGCGCAUCCCCGAGGCGGCAAAGAUGACGUCGGACCAGUUUGUGUCAAACAACCGCGGCAUCGACGACGGUGCAGACCUGCCGCGCGAGCUGCUCGAGCAGCUGUACUCCUCCGUCGUCGCGCGCGAGGUCAAGAUCGAGCAGCGCGAGUUCAUCGAGUCCUCCGCGCAGGGGUGGCUGCUCAAGCACGGGGGGCGGGGCGGCUGCUGCGGCGUGUGCUGCGCGUGGCGGACGGCGCGGCGCUACUUCAUCCUCUCCAAUUCGGUUCUCUACUACUUCAACGCCCCCGACGACGCGCUGCCCCUCGGCCUGGUUCCGCUCGAGGACAUUGCCGCCGCGCCGGCGAGAGAGCGCCUCCCCUCCCCGCCACAAGCGGCGCGCGCGGCUGAGGCCAAUGGUCGCGUCGCGCGACCGCAGGUGCGGGGGCCUUGCUGCGGGCUCCGGCCGUCGAGCGCCUUUCGGCUCGCGCCCGCAAGGGGCGGCAAGUGGAUGAAGUCGCUCAAGGCGUCGGCCGGCGCGACGGGCGGCUUCGAGCUCGGGCACCACUCGGACUUUGUCCUGCACGCGCCAUCGCCAGAGCUGAUGGAGGAGUGGGUGAGCGCGAUCGACGAGGCGGCGGUGAGCAGCGUGGUGGUCGGCGGCGGCGGCGGCGGCGGGCCGGGGGCGAGGGGCAGCGCAGGCAGGAGGGGCGCCUUCCGUCGGCUGCUCCCUUGCCUCUCCCCCUGCCUGGAGGCGGCGGCGCAGCGGCAGGGGCGGCCCGGCCAGGCGCAGAUCGAGGCGGCGCGCACCCGCGGCUGGAGCGGCUUGGGCGCCGAGUCGAUGCGGACGAGGAGCCCGGCAGACGGCUCGCGCGCCGUGCUCUCGCCGGCCGGAGCGAAGCCUUCGGAUGCGCCUUCCUUCAAGGCGCCCCCCGCCGUGGUGGCGGCGGUCGGCGAACGCGAGUCUGCCAAGUAUCGCGUUCUGAGGGACCUGGUGUGA